CGGACCGAGUUCGCCGCCGUAGAUAGACCAGAGGGCAGGGGCGACUCUUGGGGGAGGAGAGAUGCCGGUUCUCAUGUGCAACGCUUGCAAUAAGGGGUUCGACGACGAGGCGCAGCAGAAGCUUCACUACAGAUCCGAAUGGCACCGCUACAACCUUAAGAGAAAGGUUGCAGGGGUCCCAGGUGUAACAGAAGAGUUAUUUCAGGCUAGACAAUUAGCUCUAGCUGAAGAACGUAGCAAGUUGAGUGCAACACCAAUGCUCUAUGGAUGUGCACUAUGUGGAAAGGAGUACAGAAGUUCAAAGGCUCAUGCUCAGCAUCUUAAAUCACGAGCUCAUACUAUGAGAGCAUCACAAGAGUUGGGUCCUUCAACUGCAAGAAUUACCACUAUAAAACCAUUUGCAGGUCGAACAUCAAAUAAGGCUACAGUUCAUGUUGCUCAGGCCGUUAGAGGAGAUGAGGAUGAAGAAAGUGAAGAGAGUGAGGAUGAAUGGAUAGAGGUCAACCCAAACGAUGAGCUGGAUAUGGCUUCUGAAUCCCUGUCAAACUUGCACGUUGGUGAAAAUAAUGUUACUUAUGAUAUUGAGCCAGAUGAUUUCAUUGAUGAAGCUGGAGAGUUGGAUACAUCUUGUUGCUUCAUUUGUGAUCUAAAGCAUGAAAACAUAGAAACCUGUAUGAUCCAUAUGCACAAGCAACAUGGGUUUUUCAUACCUGAUGUUGAAUAUUUGAUGGAUCCCAAGGGUCUUCUUACAUAUGUUGGUCUUAAGGUCAGAAGGGAUUUUAUGUGUUUGUACUGCAAUGAGAGAUGUCAUCCUUUUCAAAGCUUGGAGGCUGUAAGGAAGCAUAUGAUAGCAAAAGGUCAUUGCAAGGUGCGUUAUGGAGAUGGAGGUGAUGAUGAGGAUGUGGAUUUGGAGAAUUUCUAUGAUUACAGCAGCAGUUAUAUGGAUGCAGAUGGUAAGCAAUUGGUGGCAACAGAUUAUAUGAGUAGUAGUGUGGAGCUUGGGAGUGGAGGGUCUGAGCUUAUCAUUUCACGGAAAACUGAUAAUGGGGUACUUGUUCGAACUUUUGGAUCUCGGGAAUUUCUUCGGUACUACCGCCAAAAACCACCGCCAUCUCUUACAAGAGAUGCUUCAUUAGCUCUUUCAUUAGCUUCAAGGUACCGGAGCAUGGGCUUAGCAACGGUGCAAUCAAAGGAGCAGAUCGUGAGGAUGAAAGUUAUGAGGGAGAUGAGUCGACAUGGAGUUGAAGCUAUGCGUUCAAAGAUUGGGAUGAAGAGUAACGUCAUCAGAAAUCUCCCUAAGAAUGUCCCAUAUUAGUAAUGCAACGAGCUUUGAACUUAUAAUAUAUUGUUACCUAGGUUGGUUCAUGUAGCAUUUCAGUUGUUUUCGAAUACCAUUUUGUUGUAUUUCAACACACAACCCCCCGCCACGGAUGCUGAGUAAUUGAAACUAUUUUCAGGUCAGAUGCUAUAGCUUAUCGGGAAUGUGAUUAUGCGUUUGAUGUUAUA